GCCUAGCAGUAAUCAGUCGACACACAACUUGCCGGGUUUUGAUGCUACCGAGCGCCUGCUCAAACGAAAUGCCCAAUCGUGCGAGACGGGGUGUUGGUCACCGAUUGUCGCGGCUAUUCUUAGGCAGCCCUGAGCCUAGCACUGCCUCGUUUGAAGCCCCCAUCUGACGUCGAAGAAACUCUAUAUAUCUCAUGACCAUCUUCCCUCCGCCAUACCUGAUCUUUCCACCACUCUGGAAAAACUAAUUCCCGAAAGUUCGACCAAGGAUUCUGACGCUUGUUUUCUUCACAUCCAAUCUUAGCUCUUGACAUUCACAUACCUCGCAUUGGAAAGAUGGCACUUCCUCCACUUAGAGAAAAAAUUGGCUUUUUCCCCCAGCACAUUGCAGGGGGGACGGAGACAUUGGUUCUCAAGGAACAUGUCAUGUCCCUCUCCGGCGACUCAUUCUCCAUCAAAACUGCCGAUGGACGUCCAGUCUUCCAGGUUAAGGGGGAUGUCUUGUCUCUUUCCGGCCGAAAGCACCUCAUGGACGAGAAAGGCGAACCCAUUUUCGACAUCCGCAAGGAGCACUUGACUUUCCACACGACCUACUACUGCGAAGACCCCUCGGGAAAAAAGAUCUUCGAGGUCGGUUCGAAGUUCUCACCUCUGGGCAGCAAGGCCGUCGCCACAUUUACCUCCUUUGAUGGCAAGGCCAAGGAGCUGGAAAUGAAGGGCGACUGGCUCGAGGUUUCUGCAAACAUUGUCGACUUGAGCACAGGCGAGGUGGUUGCCAAGAUUGAUCGUACGCUGCUCUCGGGCAAGGACAUCUUCUUCGGGCAGCAGACUUAUGCCCUUACGAUUGCUAAGGGAGCCGACAUGGCGUUGAUGGUGGCCAUGGUUAUUGCCUUGGACGAGAAGAAGGAGAAGAAGUAGGAGAUUGAUCUGGACGGCUGCUUGAAAUGUUUGCUAGUGGACUCAGGAGAGGACAUCAAAUUGAACUCUUUUCUAUGGCUUUGCAAACUACUGAACCACCGUGAUAUCACAGGGAGUCUGUGAUAGUUGCGUGUCCCGGAUCCCGUUGCCCGACGUGAAUUUCGAAUCUCCUUCAUAUUGACAUCCCCCGAAUUGAGCAGACACU